CAGAGGAAAGAGUUCUGUUUCUGGAGAGGGAGGAGAAAGGGACUACAUGAAGGACUACAGUGCGCUUAUUCUGCAUAGAAAAUGACCCGGGUAAAAAUCACUCGCGUCCGUUAGGAAACCAUGAAGUGUCCUUAAGUGUGUGAGUGUGUGUGUGUGUUUUUAUUUCGGCGAACAGAAAAAAAGGGGGAGCUCAGCCUGAAGUGGACGCGCUCCUCCGAGUUUGAGUACGCUGGAGCCGCUGCUGUUAAACCAGUUUCUCCGAGAAAAGGACGGAUUCAGCAGAGAAAGACCGGAGAAGAAGUUUGUGCAGGAUGCAGGGGGUUUCGGCUACUGACCUCCCGGCCUCCUCUCUGCAGUACCAGUGUGGAUCAGUGGACUACCUGUGUUCUCCACGGCUGGUUAAGAAAGGUCCGACCCCCAGACCAUGUCACGACAGGCCUGCCAUCAAACCCCGGCCCCAGCCUUCCACCUCACCCAGACCGCCAACCGCACAGAAACCUCAAGUGCCCCCUAAACCUGCGCACCUGCUCGCCCUUGGGCAAGACAAGAAGCCUAAGAGGAUCCCUCCAGCACCCUCCAGGCCUCUGCCAGCACCCCCUCCUCCACCUAAACCAAAGCCCAGUCUAACCCCUCCUGGCUUGGGUGCACAGCCACAGAGAGAGGCCCAGAAGGUGGGGCUGCUCAUCGAGAGGUUUGAGAAUUCAAAGGUCCCCAUCCUGGGGGUGCUCCCACGGUCCCAGCUGCAUCUCUGUCUGAGAAUGGACAGUGCGUCUGACAUCACCUCCUCCUGCGGCCAGGACACCACCACGGCGAAGGUUGCGGGAGACUCCUCCCCUGUGGACAAACUUGCACUUGUCACCUCCGAACGGACCGACGAGGUGUCUGAACUUUCCUGUCUGGCGUCUGUGCACAUCGACGGCUCGGAUGAUGCCCCACUGGACGACUGUGCCGAGGAUGACAUCACGCACAGCGUUAGUUGCCUUGAUGAUGUGGAGCGGGAGGAAGGGUCCUCCCACGAGCUCCUGGACAAUCAGGACUCCUCGGAGCAGAACGGAAAGAUUCCCAACCGGGACAGUGGCAUCGACAGCCCGUCCUGUGCUGUGGAAGGGGAGGUUUUCCCCAAUGAGGACGCCAUUGACGAGGAGGAUCAUUAUGAUAGUGUCACUGAAACGGAGAGUGUGUCCUGCGUUACCCUUGGCAACAAGCGAGACUCAACACAAGAUGAGGAUAGUGACUUGGAUGAGGGGAGCAGUGGAGAAAUACACUCUCUGACAGAUACACAGACUGGGUAUCUGACAGAUGCACACUCAGAGGCGCACAAAUGCUCAGAGGCUCAGAAGCUCCUGAACAUCGCCAAAGAGCUUCUCCACACUGAAGAGGCCUACGUGAAAAGACUCAACCUCCUCGACCAGGUAUUUUGCACUAAGCUCACAGAGGCUGGAAUCCCUCAGGACGUCAUUACAGGGAUCUUCUCCAACAUCUCCUCUAUCUACUGCUUCCACGACAAGUUCCUGCUCCCUGAGCUCAAGACACGCAUUACUGGAGAAUGGGACAUCAACCCUCGUAUCGGAGACAUCCUCCAGAAACUUGCUCCGUUCAUGAAGAUGUAUGGGGAAUAUGUGAAGAACUUUGACCGAGCCAUGGACUUGGUCAACACCUGGACACAGCGGUCUUCUCAGUUCAAGAGUGUCGUCCAGAAUAUACAAAAACAGGAUGUAUGUGGAAACCUGACGUUGCAGCACCACAUGCUAGAGCCGGUUCAAAGGAUUCCUCGCUACGAGCUGUUGCUCAAAGACUACCUGAAAAAGCUGCCUGACGACGCUCUGGACCGAAAAGAUGCCGAGAAGGCACUGGAGCUAAUUUCAACUGCAGCUAACCAUUCCAAUGCAGCAAUCAGGAAAAUGGAGAAGAUGCACAAGCUGCUGGAGGUUUACGAGAGGCUUGGAGGAGAAGAGGACAUAGUUAACCCAGCCAAUGAACUCAUCAAAGAAGGACAUAUCAAGAAGAUGUCAGCCAAAAAUGGAACAGCACAAGACCGAUACCUCUACUUGUUCAACAAUAUGGUGCUAUACUGCGUGCCUAAACUCAGACUGAUGGGACAGAAGUUCAGUGUCAGAGAGAGGAUUGACAUCGCUGGCAUGGAGGUGCAGGAGAAUGUGAAGCAGAACCUUCCUCACACGUUUGCCAUCAUCGGCAAGCAGCGUUCACUGGAGCUGCAAGCCAGGACAGCCGAGGAGAAAGAAGACUGGAUUCAGGUGAUCCUGUCCACAAUCGAACGACACAAACAAAACAGUGAAACGUUCAACAAAGCUUUCAACAGCUCCUUCUCCCGGGAAGAUGACCACGUCCCAGAGUCACCGGGUCCCUGGUGCAACACAUCCAUUGACUCAGAUGGUGAACGAUUGCAUGAAAGGAAGAGUUCCAGGAAAAAGGAGAAAGAGAAGCAAACGUGUAAAGGCUGCAACGAGAGCUUUAACUUCACCAAGCGCAAACACCACUGCAAGACCUGCGGAGCGGCCAUCUGUGCAAAGUGUUCAAAGACCUUGGACAACAAAACAAGCCGAGUGUGCCCGGAGUGUUUCCUAGACAAUCUGGGCGUUAGUGAACAGAAAAGAAAAGCUGUGCCUGAGAGACAGACAUCUCUGUCCGGAGAGAACUGUCUGCUAUGUGGUCACCUUCAAGUGCAGGAUAAAGGGAAGAGCUGGACCAAGAUGUGGGUGGCUGUGACCAAGACUGAGCCAUUUGUGCUAUACUUGCAGAGCAGUGGACAGGACUCCAAGGGGGCACGGGUGGUGCCGCUCCCUGGGUUCGAGGUGAGUGUGGUAUCGCCACCGGCGGGCGAGAAGUCGGAGGUCAAACAGGCGCUGCGGCUCAGUCACACCCAGCAAACUUUGCUCUUAAGUGCCCAAGAUGCUGAACUUCAGGCCAAGUGGGUGGAAGUCCUCUCCAAAGCUGCGCGCGGAGAAACGCCCAUGGACGCAUCAACGAGCGUGACUGAACACAGGAAGAGCCAGUAGUGGGCACGUUGGAGCCACACAGGACUCGCCCCCCCCUCCACCUUCCCUUCCUCUCCUGUGUAUAGAGCACACAUUACUUGAAUUCACUUUACCUUGGCACUUUUUGUUUUGUUUCUUUCCCUUUUGAAAGGACCACUCAAUCCUUCCUAUGCCACUUCAAUCUUAUCCUCAUGACCACAUGGCUUCUUCUUCUCCUUCUUCUCUCCAUCUUUCUGUCUCUCUCGGACACACACACAAAAAUAAGAAGGACUAUGCUAUCAAGCCACCAACGCCACUGUAUGUAUGUGUGGUUAGGAUAUUUUAUUUCUCUCAGUGUUCUUAACAGCCAGAGAGGAUUAAAUGUUUUAUUUGUAAUAUAGCUGAAGAAGGUUUCUGUAUGAUUUGUUGUUUUGUUUUUUUUUAAAAAGAUGAACUUUCUUGUACAUUAUGAGACUGUGUUGUGAAGCAUUAAAUCUUAUGUGUCUCUCCAUUUGUGCGAAAGUAUGUAUGUGUGUGUUUUGAGUGUGAGUCCCCCCCCCCUUCCUGUGUUUAUUAAGUAUUGAAUGUUAGUGUAAGAAACCUGCGCCACCUCUCUGUUCUCUUCACUCCUGCUGGGGAAACAGUGGCAGUUCAGUGGGUAUUGUACAGUAUGUAUACUAUAGUGCGAUGUAAGGAAACAAAGAAAAAAAAGACAUUUUAACUUAAAAAGACACAGAUAUGUGUGUACGCUUGUGGCUGGCCACCUGAUGCUCCCACUGUUAGACCCUCUCCUCAUAUUUCUCUCUGCUAUAUUGGUAAUAACUCCCUACGAUCAUUGUCCGUGGACUCUGAGACCUCUCAUCCGAGUCUCAUCCACCACAUUUCCUUUCUCGUCCAGAUGAGAGCACCCAGCCAGAAUGGGAUCACGUGGCCUGAACUCUGACCCUUUGCUGCAGGUUCAGUCCCUCAAUAUCUCCACUUGUAUACAUACUUAAUAGAUCCUCUCCAUAUAGUUCUCUCUCCUGGCAUACAGACCUGCUUUUCUCCCUUUGGUAAUGUGAUGGAAACCAAGUACUGUACUGUAAAACUGUUUAUUCUGCCUUGCCCCCUCCUCCCCCUCAUGUCCUGCUCCUUUCAGCACCAGCCUUUAAGCAAAUGUAGCAAAAAAAAAAACGACAAAAAAAAACAACUCAUUGGAUCUGUUUGUGCAUGUAAACUCACUCAUAUUUAUGUACCGUGCUAUGAAAUCUUAGGCCCUGUCCCUCUUUUUAUGCUCCAGAAUUCAUUCUUGUCGUACUGUAAGUGAAGCAGAGUCAGCAUUGAGUGUUUUUAAACAUGGACUGUGCACAGUGGAAAAGCAGUCAAGCAUAUCAUCAAUAAACGAGACGUUGUGAUUCAUUCAGUACCACGCUGUCCAACAAGA